AGUGAGACCUUGAAGGGUGGUUAAGGCUUUUCAUUUACUGGGAUGCUAAUUCGUUAACUGUAUUUUUUGGUGAUAGGAAUUGAUUUAAUUGCAUGUUGGUAUUUGAUUUCUGAGUUUAUCAUGUACUUGGAAACUUCCGCAGAAUGAAUAUAAACGUGGGAUUAGUGGUUGGAACUUCAACCUUGACGAUAUGAAGGCUCAAGCUUCAUUGAUCCAGGACGAUGAUAUACCAGAAAAAGAUGAAGAUAUGCUAGGCAAACAACUUCAGCAUCAAUUAUCUUCAUCCAAACAAUUUCGACAGCUUCAAUGUCAGUUGUCGUCUGCAAGUCAAUAUUCAGAUAUUGCAGAUUUGGAUGAUAAUGGUAACUCUGCUUCUUUCUCAUCAGUCGACUCCACUGCUAACAUAGCUAAAUGUGAAAAGUCCGAUGGCGACAUAAGUAUUUCUGGUUCAGCUAGCGAGCAGCAAACAUCUAACAUAAUUUCUCCUGGAAAAGAGAACCGCGUGGAAAAUAAUUUGGCAGAAAAAUCUGAGACUGCGAUUAAUGGAAAAUCAUCAGAUGGAGCCCCUAUAUACUCUCAUCAGAGCGAUAAACUGCAAAAUCAGCCCCAGAAUUUGUCGAGCUGCAGCGGGGCUUUCAUUCCACAAACAGUAGAUGAUGUCCUUCCCGAACUAAUUCCCAAAGGCUCAAGAACAUCAGCAAAUGGUGAAGAACUUGAAGAGAAGGCGAAGCCAGUUGUUCAGCAAAAAGGCCGCUUCAAGGUUACCUCAGAGAAUGUCGAGGCGGUUGGAGCUCCAAUGCUACAGAAAAGCCACAGCAUGCAGGUGAUUUCUCAACAUCCUGCUAUUUCCCCACCACUGCCUUCUGAUUCUAGACCAUCAAGUUCUGUUGGCCAUGCCUUUUUUUCUAUGCUGCAGUCGGCUUUGCAAACGAACAUUCUUCAAAGGGAUUGUAUCCUUAGUCUAAUGAAGCAAGUGUCUGUCGGUGAUUCUACAGCCACCCGUGCAGACAUAGGAUGCAUCUCGACAAACAUAACUUGCAUGGAAAAAUCCUUGUUGGAGGCAGCUCAAGACAGGGAGAAGGAUUUACUUCGUGAAGUAACUGAUUUACAGUGGAGGUUGAUAUGUGCACAAGAGGAGGUCCAAAAGUAUAAAACAGAGAAUGCUCAGCUAAACUCUUAAGUUACAUUACUAUAGGUUCUUGGUACAUAAACCCUCAACCUCAAAGCUCAGAAGUAGUGAUGGAAAUCAUCGGUUAGAGGCUUGAUCGACCAUUAGAAUUUUUUUUUACACUUAAAUGUCGAUUUAUUUGAUUGAAUGAUUUUAUUCUUGUACACCAUUAUGGUAUAUGAACCACUCGAAAUUUAAAAUCUGGCAAUUGCUAGCUAAGUUUUACCCUCGUAAUUUUGUCUUUA